AGGCUGGACAGUCAGUAUAAAAUCUUCAAGAAAAGCUUCGGGAAUGCUCUCCUUCAUGGUCCUGUCUCUUUGUCCUCGGGUGCCGAAGUGCUCGACUGUGGCUGUGCAACUGGAGCGUGGAUCACGGACAUGAGUCAAGAGUAUCCGCACGUCAAGCUUACAGGCGUCGACAUCUCUUCCACCCUCUUCCCGCAAUCCGACCUCACGCUCAAUACUACCUUCCUUUGUCAUUCCACCAUUGCCCUCCCGGAGGAGUGGACCGAUAGAUUCGCGGUAGUCCAUCAAAGCAUCCUCAUCGCCGGCCUCACGGUUACCGAGUGGCCUCUCGCCAUCGCGGAGAUGUAUCGUGUCUGCGCUCCAGGUGGCUCCAUCCAGCUUAUGGAACCUAUCUUCGGCGUACGAGCGGACAAACACUUCUACCGCCUCGAUAACGCGUUCAUGCGCGCUAGGAACAUGCUCGUCGAUGAUCGCUUCGACACAAUCGAGAGGAUGCUCAAGGACGAGGGCUUUGUGGGCGUAACAAAGAUACGAAACGACUUCGUACGGGAGGAGUGGUCGGAGGAGGAGCGUAAGCAGGCGCGGGAGACUCUGACAUUUGCUAAAGCCUCUUUCAAGGACGCGGUUAGGAGAACACCUGGCGUUCCCGACGCGGAGAAGUUCGAUGAGCUCUUAGAGGAGUGGAAGAGGGACGAAGACGCUGCAGACAUCUUCGGACCUGACUAUGAGGCCUGGACAUUUUGUGCAAGAAAGCCUUGA